AUGAUAAAAUUAUUUUUAUCGAAAAGAAGUAAAUUUUCAACAAUAUAUCUUUUGUUGUUAUUGUUAAUCAUAUUUGAAGUUACAAAUGCGUUAAAUAAUUGGAAAAAAAAUUAUUUAUGUUACAAAACUAAAAAUAUACGAAAAAAAAAAAACCCUAAAUUAUUUAUUGUAAAUAGAAAUUAUGAACAUGAAGGUAUAUUUAAAAAAAGGAAUAAGAAAAAAAAUAAAAUAAAUAUAUUCCGUUUAAAUUUAAAUAAUUGUUCAAAUAAAAAUGUAGAAUUAGAAAAUUAUAGAAAUAUAGGGAUAAUUGCUCACAUUGAUGCAGGAAAAACAACAACAACAGAACGAAUAUUGUAUUAUACAAAUGUAAUAAAAAAAAUAGGAGAAGUUCAUGAAGGAUUAUCAACGAUGGACUAUUUAGAAAUAGAAAAAGAAAAGGGGAUUACUAUUAACGCAGCAGUUACUACUUGUUACUGGAAUGGUAGUGAAAAAAAUUUAGAAAAUUUUAGAAUAAACAUAAUUGAUACACCAGGUCACGUAGAUUUUACUGCAGAAGUAGAAAAAAGUUUGCGAGUUUUAGAUGGGGGAAUUGUUGUUUUUGAUAGUAGUGAAGGAGUUGAAUCUCAAUCAGAAACUGUAUGGAAACAAGCUAACAGAUACAAUAUCAGUAGAAUAAUAUUUUUAAAUAAAUUAGAUAAAGUUGGAGCUAAUUUUGAUUCUUGUAUUGAUGAAAUAAAAAGAAAAUUAAAUAGAAAAAUUUUAAUUCUUUAUGUUCCUGUUUUUGAAAUUAGUAAAUUUAUUAGCACUAUUGAUAUUUUAAAAGAAAAAAUGAUUGUAUAUAAAAAUUCUCAUGAUUUUGUUUUUGAAGAUAUUCCUCAAAAGUAUUAUAGUUUAUUCUUGAAAUAUAAAAAUAUUUUAUAUGAACAAAUAGCUGAAAAAUUUAAUACAUUUCUUGAUAAUUAUUUAAAUGAUAAAAUUAUGAAUGUUCAGGAAAUUGAAUAUUAUAUCAGAAAAUUAGUAGUUGAAGAAAAAUAUAAUGUAGUUAUGUGUGGUUCAGCUUUAAAAAAUAAGAACAUACAUAUGUUAUUGGAUAUGGUAGUCAAAUAUUUACCUUCACCUAUUGAUUCAAUUAAAAAUUAUAAGAAUCAAAUCAUACAUUUUUAUGAUAUAAAUAAAAGAGGAGAAAAGUUAUUAUAUGAUCAUUUGUCGAAUGAUAAGAUAAAAAGUCAAACAAAAAAAUAUGCAACGGAAGCAAUUAAAUCAAAUUUUAAUGAAAGUAAACAUGAAAAUUUAAAUGAAAAUGAAAAAAUAGGAGAAUGUAAAUAUUUAAAUGAUAGAAAGAAUGUAGACCUAAAAGAAAGUACAAAUAAAGAAUAUGAAUCAAAUAACAUUCAUGAAGAAGAUAUUACGAAAAAAGAAAAUAAAUAUUUGGAUUUUAAUACUGAAAAAAAUAAAAAAGUUAGCAUAAAUAAUUUUGAAAAUAAUGUUAAGGAAGAGAUAAAUUAUAGUAAUUUUAUAACAGAAGAAUUAAAUCCAUUAAAUAUAAAGAAUUAUAAGAGAAAAUUUGUAGGAUUAAUUUAUAAAAUUAUGAAUGAUCAGCAUUUAGGAAAUAUUAACUAUGUAAGGAUAUAUGAAGGACAAUUAAAUAGAGGUGAUUUUAUUUAUAAUAAUAGAACUAAAAAAAGUGAAAAAGUGACCAAGAUAUUUUUUAUACAUUCCAGUGAAAGAUAUGAAUUAGAAAAUGCAAAAGUUGGUGAUAUUGUUGCAAUUGUUGGGUUAAAAGAUACACAAAUUGGUGAUACCUUAAGUAAUACUUAUUUAAGAGUAGAAUUAAAAAAAAUUAAAGAUAUUCCACCUAUUAUUAGUUUUUAUAUAUAUAAUAAAAAUAAAAAUGAAUAUGAAAAGUUAAUUAAUGCAUUAAUAAAAAUUAAAAAAGAAGAUCAUUCUUUUUUUUAUCACAUAAAUCAAGAUACAAAGGAUUUACUUAUAAGUGGAGUUGGAGAAUUACAUUUACAAAUUAUAAUUAACAAAAUUCAAAAAGAUUUUAAUAUUCCUAUAAUUUACGGGAAACCACAAAUUUCUUAUAAAGAAACAUUUGUUGAAACUGUUCAAGCAAGAGGAAAGUAUAUUAAACAGUCAGGUGGAAGAGGACAAUAUGGUGAUGUGUAUAUAAAAAUUGAACCUAUGUACAAUUAUUUUGAUGAAGAAGAUGAAAAAGAAGAAGAAAUAAAAAAGGAAAAUGGAAAAGAAAAAAAAGAGGAUGAAAAUUCUGUAGAUAAUGUGGAUAGGAAUAGUAUGAAUAUUGAUACUUCAGAAGUAAAUAAUAACAUUAUUAUAAAAAAUGAAAUUACAUGUGGGGCUAUACCGUCUGGAUAUUUUGAUGCAAUAUAUACUGGAAUAAAAGAACAAUGUAAUUUAGGUGUUAUUUUUAAUUCUCCAAUAAUAAAUAUUAUUGUUACAAUUGUAGAUGGCUCAUUUCACCCAGUUGAUAGUAAUGAACACGCAUUUAAAUUAGCAGCAGGGUUAGCUAUUAGGGAAGCAGCUAAAAAAACUACUAUUAGAUUGAUGGAACCAAUAAUGAAUUUAAAUGUAACAGUACCUACAGAAUAUUUAGGAGAUGUUAUUAGCGAUUUGGUAAAGAAAAGGGGAAAAAUACAGCAUAUAGAUGAAAGUGAUGAAUACACUAAAGAAAUAAAUGCUAGAGUUCCUAUGGCAUCUAUUUUAUCUUAUGUUAGUGAUUUACGGAAAAUAACAAAAGGAAGAGGUAAUUAUACCAUGACUCUUCAUAAAUAUUCUUUAGUUCCUGAGUAUAUACAAGAACAAAUUUUACAAAAGAAAGAUUAG